CGCCCCCGCCCCGCCGCCUCCGCCCGCCGGGCCCGCGCCGCCUCCGCCCCGCCCCCCGCCGCGCCGCGCCCCCGCCCCGCCGCGCCGCCCCGCGCCCAGCCCGAUGCCCGGCGGCGGGCGGAGGUGAAGCAGCGAGCGGGCGCUGGAUCCUCCCGGCCGCGGCCCCCGGGGCCCCGGGCACGGAACAAAGGGCCAUGGCCGAGGGGGCCCCCGCUCAGGCGCCGGAGCCGGUGCGGCCGCCGCGCUGCCCCUCGCCCCUCCGGCCAGCCGCCGGCCCCGAGCGCACCUCGGAGCGGGAGACGCAGACGGCUGAGCUGUCCCUGACCGUGGUGGCGGCCGUGCAGGCGGUGGAGCGCAAGGUGGAUUCCCACUCCACACGCCUGCUGGACCUGGAGGGUCGGACGGGGAUGGCGGAGAAGAAGCUGAUCGACUGCGAGAAGACGGCGGCGGAGCUGGGGAACCAGCUGGAGAGCAAGUGCGCGGCGCUGGGCACCCUCAUCCAGGAGUACGGGCUGCUCCAGCGGCGCCUGGAGAACAUGGAGAACCUCCUGAAGAACAGGAACUUCUGGAUCCUGCGGCUGCCCCCGGGCAGGAAGGGGGAAGUCCCCAAGGUGCCGGUGACCUUCGAUGACGUGUCCGUCUAUUUCAAUGACAAGGAGUGGGAGAAGCUGGAGGAGUGGCAGAAGGAGCUCUACAAGAAUGUGAUGAAGGGGAACUACGAAUCUCUGAUCUCCCUGGACUAUGCAAUUUCCAAACCUGGUGUUUUGUCUCAGAUCGAGCAAGGGGAGGAAUCGCGGGGCAGGAAUGAGCAGGACCUGGAGGAGAGUGAGAUCAUUACUGAUGCCACGGCAGCUGGAAUAAGGGUGGUGAUCAAAACAGAGGAGCUCCUUCCUGAAGACAGCCCCGAGAACCCCGAGCUGCACGGGAUGUCGGGGCAGUCCGAGGGCAGCUUCCAGAGCCCGGACGAGGAGGCGGCCUGCGAGAGCCCCUACGGCUCCGUGUCCCCACCGAGGGACCUCCCAGGGACCAGCCUCGGGGACUCCUCCGAGUACGGAGCCGACUUCAGCGAGAUCCAGAGGGUCAUCGUUCACCACGGGGGCUGCACAGAGGACGGGAUCGUGAUCAAGACGGAGGAGGAGGAGGAAGAAGAGGAGGAUGACCCCGACACGCUGGAGCCGUGCGCCAUGUUCUCGGGCCGGAGCGAGGCGCCGGCGUUCCCCAGCCACGAGGCCGGGCUGGGCUGCGAGGCGCAGUGCAGCUCCAAGGCGCAGCCCCGCAGCCUGGCCCGCGUCCGGAAGCCGUCGGCCUGCGAGAGGGACUCCGGGGACAUGAAGCCAUCCGGCGGCCAGCAGCGCAACCGGACGCGGGAGAGACCCUACAUCUGCCCCGAGUGCGGCAAGAGCUUCAUGCUCAAGAUCAACUUCAUGAUCCACCAGCGCAACCACCUCAAGGAAGGGCCCUACGAGUGCCACGAGUGCGACCUCAGCUUCCGCAACAAGCAGCAGUUCCUGCUGCACCAGCGCAGCCACACGCGCCGCGGCGUGGGGGUCCCGCGGCGCCCCGAGCACGGCCUCAAGCCCCCGGCGCGGCCCCCGCCCCCGGGGAAGCCCUACAAGUGCUCCGAGUGCGAGAGCAGCUUCAGCCACAAGUCGAGCCUCAGCAAACACCAGAUCACCCACGUCGGGGAGCGGCCCUUCACCUGCGGCGAGUGCCGGAGGAGCUUCCGCCUGCAGAUCAGCCUGCUCAUGCACCAGAGGAUCCACGCGGGCAAGAACGAGAUGGCCUUCCUGUGCCCCCAGUGCGGCAAGAACUUCACCCGGCCCUCCCACCUGCUGCGGCACCAGCGGACUCACACCGGCGAGCGGCCCUACCAGUGCAGCCAGUGCGAGAAGACCUUCAGCGAGAAGUCCAAGCUCACCAACCAUUACCGCAUCCACACGCGGGAGCGCCCGCACGCCUGCGCCGUCUGCGGGAAGGGCUUCAUCCGCAAGCACCACCUCCUGGAGCACCAGCGCAUCCACACGGGCGAGCGGCCCUACCACUGCACCGAGUGCGGCAAGAACUUCACGCAGAAGCAUCACCUCCUGGAGCACCAGCGGGCGCACACCGGCGAGCGGCCCUACCCCUGCACCGAGUGCACCAAGUGCUUCCGCUACAAGCAGUCGCUCAAGUACCACCUGAGGACGCACAUGGGAGAGUGAGGGGCUGCCAGGGCUUCCUCUCCCUCCCUCCCUCCAUCCCUCCCUUCCUCCUCGUCCUCCUUCUCCUCCACUGAUCUCUCCCACCCUCCCUCCAUCCAUCUCCCCCCACCCCGGCUCAGGGCAUGGACAUCAAGGAAGCUUUGUGUGGUAGCGCCGCUGGUCUGGUGGAGACUCGGCCGAUUGGAAAUAAAUUAAUGAAUUAAAGCAAGCAACGCGCGGCAAAAUUAAAAGAUUAUAUAUGUAUAAAAUUAACAGAAGCAGCUGAUUUAGGGGGAAUCCUCACCAACAAGCAAACAAACCACCAACAAAAGAAACCUGUACACAGGGUGUUUUGCCGGAGUAGGACUCGUAACUGCUUUUUAAAUCUACUGUUUGGUUUUUUUAAUAAAUGUGGAGGAACUUUUUAUUUGAUAAGCAACCUUAGGAUGGGCAAGAUUUUAUUUUCGGUUUUGGUUUUUGUUUGUUUGUUUUGUUGUUUGUUUUUUGUUUGGUUUUUUUUUUUUUUUGUUAACUGCUCUGUAGGCUGAUUCUGGCACAGUCACUUUUUGUCCAGGAGCUCUGUGGAGGCGCUGCCUCGUCUGGGCUGGAUGUGACAGGAGGAGCUCCAGCCGGGGGGAGGUGAGUAAUGAACAGAUGCAGCUGAUGAGGAAGUUCUGCGUGUGUCUAGAUUGGAAGCGCUGAUAGGUGCCUGCCCGGCUCGCGGGGCUGUGAUGCACUCCUGAAUUAUACAAUAGAAUAAAAUUCUAGUUGCAGUAAAAGACCCUUUUUCUGCUAGGACCCCUCCACAAGGCUCCCCCAAACACUCAUUCCCAGCGCUCAGUCGUCCCACCGGGGGCUGGCCCUGCUGCCCCCGAGGCCAUGGGGUGCCGUGGGUCUGGCCGUGAGGUGCUGUGGGGCCAGCAGGGACUGAGAGCAAGACCUUGUUGUGUGUAACUGCUGUGCUGUCCUUGAGCCGCUGCCGGGGGCAUCGACCGUGCCCUCCCUCCUCAAUGGCAGGAGCACCAAGAUUCCUGCCCCGGGGAGGAGCAGCUCCAGGCUGGCUCCAAGGAAAGACCUCCCUGCUCCUGGGCACCUGCUGCCGGGGUGGGUGGGACACGAUCCGUCUCCCUGCUGUUGGUCUGAGCUCCUGUUUGUACCAGCUCGGUUCCUGGGGAUCCCAGCUUGUCCUGGCUGCAGCUCCUGACGGUGGGCUGUGGCUGGGUGAGAGCCAUCCAAAGGGCUGGGCUGGGGCUGCGCUGGUGACACCAGCUGGGGCUGCGCUGGUGACACCAACUGAAGCUGGGCUGGUGACUGCAGCUCCCGGAGCACGCCGAGCUCCCUCCUGGUGCUGUCAAAUGUCGUGUUGGACAGUGGCAUCAAUAAACAGAGCAAU